AUAACAGCAAUGAGAAGGGAAUCGAACCACAUUGGUCUCUUGAACCCAGAGUCGAGACUCGCUCUUCAAGUCAAGCUCCAAGAUGAAGAUGAUUCACUUGAUCCUGGCGAUGGUGAUUGGCAUUUCGGCCCUCAUGGGGCCAGUUCGAGCCUUCCCUGACCCCUUAGCCCUGGCUGACCCUGGCCCUGAUGCCCUUGCUGACCCUGGCCCUGAUGCCCUUGCUGACCCUUUCUUUCCACGCCGUCACGGUGGGUGGUUUCCCCACCACCACCAUGGCCACCAUCACCAUGGCCACCACCACCAUCAUGGCCAUCACCACCACCAUGGCCAUCACCACCACCACUGCCCCUGGUGUUUUGGGUAGACGUCGCUGCAAUAUGGUGCUCUGAGGUGAUGACUCCAACUGUUAAGGGCAUGGCAAUAAAUCCUGUGUGCUGAGGUGUAGGUAUACCUCAGCUGGACACCUACUGAGGUGUAGGUAUACCUCAGCUGGACACCUACUGAGGUGUAGGUAUACCUCAGCUGGACACCUACUGAGGUGUAGGUAUACCUCAGCUGGAUAUCAACUGAGGAUUUUAUAAUUCUCUCCAACAGCUUUUGCCUCGUACUUCCAUUUUGCUAAAAACCCGCUUAAUUGUGUAUAUUUUUACGGACAAACUAAAUAAAAAAAAUAAACAUUUAUCAUCAAA